CUGAUGUCAGGCAUCUGUUGAGAGCGGUUAAUCAGAAUCGACAGGAUGAAGAGAAGAACAGAGACAUCUAGAAAAAGAGCUGCAGGAGUCAUGAGGGUUGUUUUUUUCUUCACGUGCCUUCUCUUCCAAACCGCCAGUCUGGAGAAUCAACCAGAGCCUGAGUCAGAGCAAAAUCCACAUGCAGACUUGGAGAAAGAACAAGAUUUAGUCUUGGAAGGGAGGAACAAAGUUGUGGACUUGGAGAAUAAAACAGAUUUAGGCUUGAAGGAAAAAACUGGUGACCUUUUGGGGGAAAACUCUGAACUAGAGUCCCACCAAACAGUGUCACCAUUGGCAUUUCCAAAACCCAAAAUUUUAUCAGAACAUUUAAAUCCCAACACCGACUCACAACCCAAAACUGAUUCAAAUCCCAAACCCCCAAAAGUACUUGAUGAGGAUUUAUUGGGUCCGGCCCAGUGUCUGGGUCAGAAAUACACAUGGCUGUCUUGCUCUAAAGUGUUUUGUCCUCCAUGGAGGCGAUGCAUCGGAGGACAGUGUGUCUGUAAGAUGCCGUACAAAUGUCCACGGCUGAAAAACACCUGUACUCUGGACGGAUCCGUGUAUUACUCCAUGUGUCAAGCCAACGCCAUCUCCUGCAGAACCAAGACGCCCACUUUCUCACACUUCAGCUCAUCCUGCAAAGCGGGAGACAAGGUGCAUGUAACUGUGAGCAUCUCUAGGUUUAAUAACGUGGUCGAGAUAAACACUCGUUUGGGGAAAAUGCUGGUAUGUGGCAAAGACUGGAAUAUGGCUGCAGCAAAUGUGGUUUGUCGAAACCCUCUGAAUGUCGACAGAGGAGCAGAGAAUGUGUCUAAAAUCAAAUAUAAAUCUCUUGAUAAAGCUACUCAAUGGCCAAAUGAGUGUAUGAGGAUUCGCUGCAUGGGAUCUGAGCUCUCACUGGCCGAGUGUACGAUCCAUAAUCCAGAGUCAAUCACAGAAAACACUGAGGUGGCCGUCGCAAAGUGUUAUAAAGAACCUACAGGCGAAUGUAAGAAGUUCAUCUGUGCUAACGGGAAGUGUUUAAUCUAUGGAAAAACCUGCAAUGGUGUUGAUGACUGUGGAGACAACAGUGACGAGAUGUGCUGCCAAAAAUGUCGAGGCAAGGCGUUCCAUUGUAAAUCUGGUGUCUGUAUACCCCAAACACACCUUCAAUGAUGGAAUCAGGGACUGUCUGGGAGGAGAAGAUGAACUCGAUGGUAACUAUAAUAAAAUAAAAACCU